AUGGCGAUCCCCUUUUUUCGGAGUGGGAAUGAUGACGACGCCCUUAGCAGAUGGAGCCACCUGAACCACAAGGUGGAGGAGUACAAGCAGGAUCUCGUCAAGGCCGUUCAGAGUUUGGACAUGAUUAUCACCACCCUCGAGAGUGCGGCAGCGCCGAAGGCCAAUGUGAGGGCCGGGGACAUGCCUGGAGAAGGGAUGCGCCGCCUUGCCGCCAAACUCCGGCGCAAGUUGAACAAGAUGCCGCCGCGAUGGCAGGUCAACGCGGACGUUUUGUCAUGGCUGUUGCGCCCCGUGCCCUUCGUAGCUGGGCUUCCUGUUCCGGAUCCUCCACGCCCACCCAUCCCACCCGCCACGAGCAAGUACGACAGCGACCAGGACACGACCAUCGACACCAGUAGGCCCGUCGGGAAAGACCGAGAAGAUGACAGCAGUACCGGCAUCGAUGUUGUUGCCGAUGGUGAUGUCUCCGAUGCAGGCGGGGGCAAGGAAGGGGUGGCGCGAACAAAACAACAACAGGCGGGGAGGGUGGCCCCAGGGGGCGACGCGACUGGAGAAGAUUUUUCUGCGGGUUCCGCAGGUUCGGCAGAGUCCUCAGGUUCCGCAGGUUCUGCAGGUUCCGCAGGUUCCGCAGCGGCCGAGGAGCGGAGAGCUAUACCGGUGCCGAUUUUUCAGGGGGUGGGGAAUGGGGACGCGGGCGGCGGCGGCGGUGAGGGAAAGGCGGGUUCGAAAACCCGCACGGGAUUCCACUCGUACGACGAGACGCACCAGAUCUUCACUCACAUAUUGAGAGACUGGACCUCGGAGGGAGACUCCGUAAGAGCCGCCGUGUACUCCCCGCUCCUCAAAGCCCUGGACGACCGCUUCGGCCGGCAAGAAGCCGCUAGUAGUACGAGUGGCCGUGGUAAUAGUGACGGGCUGAGUGACACGGACGGUGACCGCGGCGGCGGCAGCCGUUGCGGUGCCCAGGCGGGCCCACCACCGGCUACUACGCCGCCUGCUUGCGGGCGCACGGCAAAUGUUUUGGUGCCCGGUGCCGGCCUCGGACGCUUGGCAACAGAGAUCGCGGCGAGAGGGUACGCGAGCGUCCACGCGAACGAGCUGUCCACGACCAGUUGA